AUGAUACCACCUCUGAGUCCCCUCCUUCUCCUGGCCCUGGGCCUGAGACUGGCUGGAUGUCUCAGCCCCAGUGACCCCAAUGCCUGCAGCUUCUGGGAAAGCUUUACCACCACCACCAAGGAAUCCCACUCCCGCCCUUUUAGCCUGCUCCCCUCGGAGCCCUGCGACAGGCCCUGGGAGGGACCCAACAUCUGCCCCCAGCCUACGGUCAUCUACCGGACUGUGUACCGCCAGGUGGUGAAGAUGAAGUACCGCCAGCGCCUCCAGUGCUGCCAGGGUUUCUACGAAAGCAAUGGGGCUUGUGUCCCGCUGUGUGCCCAGGAGUGUGUCCAUGGCCGCUGUGUGGCGCCCAAUCAGUGCCAGUGUGUGGAAGGCUGGCGGGGUGAUGACUGCUCCAGCGCGUGUGUCCCAAGAAUGUGGGGUCAGCGGUGUGACAAGCCCUGCAACUGUGGCAAGAACAGUUCCUGUGACCCCAAGAGUGGAGUGUGUUCCUGUCCCUCUGGCUUGCAGCCUCCCAACUGCCUUCAGUUCUGCCCUCCUGGUCACUAUGGCCCUGCCUGUCAGUUCAGCUGCCAGUGCAAUGGGGCACCCUGCGACCCCCAGACUGGAGCCUGCUUCUGCCCUUCAGAGAAAACUGGGCCCAGCUGUGAGAGGCCCUGUUUCUAUGGUACUGCUGGCUUCUGCCCCAGCACCUGCCCUUGCCACAAUGGGGGUGUCUGCCAGGACUCCCAGAACUCCUGCAGCUGCCCACCUGGCUGGAUGGGUACUAUUUGUUCUCUGCCCUGUCCAGAGGGUUUCCACGGACCCAACUGCUCCUUAGAAUGUCGCUGCCACAACAGCGGCCUCUGCAACCGAUUCACUGGGCAGUGCCACUGCGCUCCAGGUUACACUGGGGACCGGUGCCGAGAGGAGUGCCCUGUGGGCCGCUUCGGACAGGACUGUGCAGAGACGUGUGACUGCGCUGCAGGCGCCCGCUGCUUCCCUGCCAACGGCGCGUGUCUGUGCGAACACGGUUUCACUGGCGACCGCUGCUCCGAACGCCUCUGUUCAGAUGGCUUUUAUGGCUUCAGCUGCCAGCUACCCUGCGCCUGCGACCCGGAGCACAGCGUCAGCUGCCACCCGAUGAACGGGGAGUGCUCGUGCCUGCCGGGCUGGGCUGGUCUUUACUGCAAUGAGAGCUGCCCGCAGGACACACACGGACCAGGCUGCCAGGAGCACUGCCUUUGCUUGCAUGGCGGCGUCUGCCAGGCGGACAGCGGCCUCUGCCGGUGUGCGCCCGGAUACACGGGCCAGCACUGCGCUAGCUUCUGUCCCCCUGACACUUUUGGGGUCAACUGCUCCGAACGCUGCUCCUGUGAAAAUGCCAUCGCCUGCUCGCCCAUCGACGGCACAUGCAUCUGCAAAGAAGGUUGGCAGCGUGGUAACUGCUCUGUGCCCUGUCCCCCUGGAACUUGGGGCUUCGGUUGCAAUGCCAGCUGCCAGUGUGCUCAUGGAGCAACUUGUAGCCCCCAAACUGGAACCUGUACCUGCACUCCUGGGUGGCACGGGGUCCGCUGCCAGCUGCCCUGCCCAAAGGGACAGUUUGGUGACGGCUGUGCCAGUAGCUGUGACUGCGACCAUGCUGACAGCUGCAAUCCUGUUGAUGGACAAUGUCAGUGCCAGGCCGGCUGGACGGGCAUCCGUUGCAACCUGCCUUGCCCCGAGGGCUUCUGGGGAACCAACUGCAGCCACACCUGCACCUGCAAGAAUGGGGGCACCUGCAACCCUGCCAGUGGCAACUGUGUGUGUGCACCCGGCUUCCGAGGUCCCUCCUGCCAGAGACCCUGUCAGCCUGGCCGCUAUGGCAAACGCUGUGUUCCCUGCAAGUGUGCCAACCAUUCUUCCUGCCACCCCUCGGAUGGGACCUGCUACUGUCUGGCUGGCUGGACAGGCCCCGACUGCUCCCAACCAUGCCCCUCAGGGCACUGGGGAGCCAAUUGCGCCCAGUCCUGCCAGUGUCGCCAUGGUGGGACCUGCCACCCCCAGGAUGGGAGCUGUAUGUGCCCCCCAGGCUGGACUGGACACUUCUGCCUGGAAGGCUGCCCUUCAGGGAUGUACGGUACCAACUGCUCCCAGCCGUGCCAGUGUGGACCUGGAGAGAGGUGCCACCCAGAGACCGGGGCCUGUGUGUGUCCCCCAGGGCACAGUGGGGCCCCCUGCAGGAUCGGAAGCCAGGAGCCCUUCACCAUGAUGAUGCCCACCUCUCCAGUGACCUAUAACUCGCUGGGGGCAGUGAUUGGCAUUGCAGUGCUGGGGUCCCUGGUGGUGGCAUUAGUGGCACUGUUUAUUGGCUACCGCCAUUGGCAAAAAGGCAAGGAACACCAACACCUGGCAGUGGCCUACAGCAGCGGGCGACUGGAUGGCUCUGAAUACGUCAUGCCAGAUGUCCCUCCAAGCUACAGUCACUACUAUUCCAAUCCCAGUUACCAUACACUGUCCCAGUGCUCACCUAACCCUCCACCCCCGAACAAGGUUCCAGGCAGUCAGCUCUUUGCCAGUCUCCAGGCCCCUGAGCGGCCAAGUUCAGCCCACGGGCAUGAUAACCAUGCCACCCUGCCUGCUGACUGGAAGCACCGUCGGGAGCCCCCACCAGGGCCUCUGGACAGGGGUAGCAGCCACCUGGAACGAAGCUACAGUUACCGUUACAGAGACAGUAGUGGGCUCAGUCAGUUCUAUAGUAAAGGGCCCAUCUCUGAGGAGGGGCUGGGGGCCAGUGUGGCUUCCCUGAGCAGCGAGAACCCCUAUGCCACCAUCCGGGAUCCACCCAGCCUGCCAGGCGGUCUCCGAGAGAGUAGCUAUGUGGAAAUGAAAGGCCCCCCCUCAGGCUCUCCUCCCAGGCUGCCUCAACUCCGGGACAGCCAGAGGCGGCAACACCCCCAGCCACAAAGAGACAGUGGCACAUAUGAGCAACCCAGCCCCCUGACCCAUGACAGAGACUCUUUGGGCUCCCCGUCUCCCUUGCCUCCAGGACUGCCACCAGGCCACUAUGACUCACCCAAGAACAGCCAUAUCCCUGCACACUAUGAUUUACCACCAAUACGACAUCCCCCAUCACCUCCACUUCGGUGCCAAGAUCGUUGA